AAAACCGAACUUCUCAUAAUUACUGCGCAUGCGUGUAGUGUGGUAUGGGAAGUAAAGUGAAACACAAACUCUGCGAUGAUACUGCGCACCUUCAUACAGAGACGAGGAUUCACCUUGCCAAUUGUGUAUAAUUUACAACGGCGUGCCAUAACUGUUCAGAACCUCUGCCUGUCUUCCCACAAUGAUGAAGUUCACUUGGCAGAGGAAGCCAGCAAGAAAUAUGGAAGUCCUGCGCCCACUGUAUUUUCCAAAAUUAUUGACAAAACUAUUCCUGCAGACAUAAUUUACGAAGAUAACAAGUGUGUAGCAUUUCGAGACACCAGUCCCCAGGCUCCUGUUCAUUUCCUGGUUAUUCCCAGAACUCUUAUACCAAGGAUCAGUGAUGUUCAUGAUGACGAUGCACCGCUUCUUGGACAUCUCUUGGUAGUGGCAAAAAGACUGGCAAAGAAAGAAGGAUUAAGGGAGGGGUACAGAUUGAUCAUUAAUGAUGGGAAACAUGGAGCUCAGUCUGUGUAUCACCUGCACAUUCAUGUCCUUGGAGGACGACAGAUGCAGUGGCCUCCAGGAUAGAUGUCCACCUUGUCCACUUGUGUUUAAUCAUGGAGAGAAAACAUAUUCAUAAUCAUUAAAAUGGCUAGCUAUAGCAUGUCAGAAAUAAUUACAAUUCUAGAUAGUUUGAGUAUGUGAAAGCAAGUUCUUUUUUUCUUCUGAAAAAACAAGCAAUGCUGGACAAAAUAAUGUAGUAAUAAUAAAGUAAAUACAAUUUCAAAUGGGUGUUGCAGGUUGAUGAAUCAUGAAGUGUAAAGAAGAAGAAAAUAUUGAAAUAUAUCAUCCAUCUCCAUACUACUCGGUCCUCUACAUCUGCCUCUUUCAGGCAAAUAUUGAAAUAUGUCAAAUUUUAUUUAUCUAUUUUAAAUCACAUUAUGAUUUCUAAAUUGUCUUGUCAGUACUAAACAAGCUAGAGUGUGAUCACCUCACUGCUCAGCUUAAUAAAGCUAAUAAGAUAAUGGAA